AUGCUAGGCCAUUCAGCUGAAGCAGUUAAGACCUUGUGGACAAGUAACUUUGCUUUGUCCAAUUGGUUGACACACUGGAACACGACCCGUGUUAACUACGGUCAAGAAAAUCUUGAAAUUAUCAAAAAUGAUGACACAUCUUUCCUUCGAGUUCACUUUCCCAAAGGUAGCUGGAGUCCAGGAGCGACAGAAAGAGCCGGUCUGCCCCGAGGUGGAACUCAAUGGCACUCGAAUCUUCUUCAUCCAGAAUUGUCCGAUGUUACGCUGGUCUAUUCGAUUCGAUUUCCAUCACACUUCAAUUUUGUCAGAGGUGGCAAAUUACCCGGUCUCUAUGGAGGCAAAGGCAAUGCUGGUGCUGAUACGCCGGAUGGUACAGAUGGCUUUUCAGCUCGAUAUAUGUGGCGUGAAAAAGGCCGAGGUAUUCUCUAUCCGUUUUUACCUGAUUCACCGUAUAUGGGUACGACUUAUGAACUUGGUACGCCAUUGUUUUACGGAGACAAUACAUGGCAUUCACUUGCACAACGCCUUCAGUUAAACACACCAGGCAAAAAAGAUGGAAUAAUCACUGUUUGGUAUGAUGGAAAGGAAAUAUUCAGAGCAACUAACGUUCUUUUCCGCACGGUGAACACACUCAAGAUCACUGGUAUCUUUUUUCAAACUUUCUUUGGUGGUUCAACCGCGGAUUGGGCUACACCGGUGGCGACUCAUAUUGACUUUAAGGAUUUUAAACUAAUUCAUUAG